UCCAAAAAGGGGAGAAGGAAGAGUGAGUAGAGCUGCUCAGUGCCACACUACUCAAAGUGCACUCAAACAGCAGGACUUCCCCCGGCUACAGAGGGAGACACAGAGAGGCCGGAGGGGGACGGGACUCAGGGCAAUCAGCCGACAUGGGAACCCUCUUUUGAACGUUUUGUUGGCCUUUUGAACGUCUGAGUUAGAGAGGACUUUUUGUGCUGGUAGCGCUGCAGAUUUAAGGAGAUAAACAUCUGAGGGAGAAAAUGUAUAGUCUCUAAUUAUGUGCGGUGCAUCGUCGAAUAUGAGUUGGAAAUGUCUCGGCAUGCAGCCUGUCUUUGUUAAGAUUCUAAUAUACGGCAAGUGAACGUCAUGGGCCAUCAAUCUGGGAGGUCUUAAAGCGCUUUAUAAAAUAGAAGAUUUUCAUUGAUAUAUUUCACACCGUUUAGUCUUCAAACUCCAAGCAGUAGACCAGAAGGAUCUGUGACAAUUCGAUUUUGGAUAUCUAGAUAUAUAUUUCACCAAUGACACCAAAAGCUGCAGCAAGUAAAUAGACACCAUCAAUAUUGUGUUAAGAGUUAAGAGAAGUUCAUGUUUUUCAUCAUUUGAAAAUGAUUAGCCAACCUUGAGUGAAUUCACGUGAAACUGGCCCAGAAUCACCAUUUUCCGCACAGGCAGAAUGAUGACGAAGCUUACAUCAACAGAAUAACCCAAAGGAAGAAUAUUGCCAAAAGGUCCAAAAGUAGUGAUUGAAUAAAUGGAGACGUUUAUUGAUGUAAAGUAAAGGUACAGUGAAAUGCAUGUUAAUUCAUUGUGAUGACCCUUGGCUCGGCCUUAUAGUGACCACUUUGAGUUGUGUCCACUUGUUGACUAUAAAGGAAGAGGGCAGAAGUGUUGAGACACAAGUUUCAGAGUCCCAGUUUUGGCCUUCACAGAAUACCUCUGAAAAAUAGAUGAGAAACCUCCAAGUGACUGAAUCUGGUUGAAUCUUCAUGAAGGAGGUCAGGUAGUAGCGGACUCACACUGUUUGAAGGCAGGGGCGAAAAAAUAAAAAGGGCACAUUCUGCACAACAUGGGGCCCCACCAAGUGUGCAAAAAGCUAUGAUGCAUCACGUAUGGCACUUUCUCUCGUAUUCACCACUCUGUAAGGGCAUUAAGAGGGCACUCAUUGAGGCACGUUAUCGAAUUAUCUUGUUGUAGAAGGCUCAUCAUCAUAAUUUAUUGUAUGAAGGGGCACCAGAGGGCACCCAAUAAUUCUUUUCACAUGUAAAGGGCAGCCAAUAAGGCACUUUUCUCUCUCGCCACUCUUGAGGGCACUAUUUCAACCAUGGAGGCCCCCCCCCCCCCCCCUGAGUCCGCCACUGAGGUCAGGAAUAGAAUCGGCACUGAGUUGACUGUUCUCUUUCCACAUUGGGCACCGGAAAUCCUUAUUUGAUGGCAGUCGAUAGAUUUAGAUCAUAUCCUGCUUUAUUUAGAGCAGAGUUGGAAGAGUUAGUUUAGUUGCCUGUGGUUUCGUUCUCCCUGUUUGGACGCCUCAAGCUCAUGAAACAGAAGAGAUAAUCGAUUGAAGCGGACAAAACAAAGUUACACCCUACUGUCACCAUCCUGCUGUGUAGAAGUAGUGUGCUCAUUAUAAAUAACAACAUCCCACUGUUAUUCGAUUAUAACAUAAAAAAAAAUGAUAUUGUACAUAUUUAUGUCUGAUAGACAAUCCUAUGUUAAAUGUUUGAAUAAGAUCCACCCAUUCAAUUGAUUUGAACCUUGUGUAGUGGAUGCAGCCAGGAACAGAACUGCAACUAACAGAGUGCAUGUAGGUACAGUAGCAUAACCACGGUAUUGAUGACGCUGCAGGAGCUUAGUUUCUCACUACUGAAUAUCUGUUUUUCUGCCGGUACCUGUAGGGAGUGUUCUCUAGUGACCCACGUGUCUAUUUCCUGCGUAGUGCCUGACCUUUUGCGUGGAUAUAUAUAGAGCAUAAUUUGCUUAUAUUGUAGCAACCAGAAGCAUUCUGCUUUGUCAUGUCCCACUACGACCACAUCCAGAAGGGCCAUUUAUUUAUCUUUACUGCUGACGGUGUGAUUUGAAUAGAUUUAGUGUGCUUCGGGUAGAAAACAAAAAAAAAAAACUCUUGAAAUGCCUCUUUUUGUUAGUUACUGCACGUAAAAAAAAAAAAGACGGCUUGAAAUGUAGCCAAUUUCAGUUGAAUAAUGUUUGGUGAUCAAAAUGACACACUGUAAUUGAUAUACAAUAAAGGAUCGGAUUCCUAAUUGUUCUGAUACUCGUCGGGUUCCCGUCAGUCAUUCAUCGGCCUAACAAUAAUAAUCAGAAUCAACGCAGCAAGACCGGACGCAUGUAGACUCCAAUAUGUUGGACUUCAAUAUUUUUUACCAUUCUUUAAAUACAGUCAUUGGUCAUAGGCUAGCCCAACGUUGCAUAUAGUUAGUGAAAACCAUGUCCCGAUGGGUUUGACAUGAGGCGCCAGUGAUCCAGCAGGUGGUGGUGUGGUGUCGACCAGGAGCCCGUAACUAAGCGCUACUGAAGCGCAGCUGCCUGCAACUCUCCUCCAGCCUCAGACCGUCUGGCUACUGCUACUGAUGCUGCUGCAGUCUGCAUCCCGGAUAAAACCCGUCCCAAGUCAUGUAGUUAUUACUUAGUACAUCACCAUUGACAAAAGAAGACAAAUCCACUGGCCGUUGAAGUUUGAAGCGUUCAAAGCAGCCGGGGGUAAAACAGCGGCUGCCUCUGGUCUGGUUAGGAUACUGGUCCACCGGGUAAUGGACGAGCACACUGAUCCACAGGGUCCUCAGCAUCUCGGAUGUUUUUACGCGGUCCUUCCAGUCAAAAAGACUCAAGUGACCGAAAAAAAUAAGACGUCUACCGGUUUAGUUUAUGUGCGCUAGAUUGCCAAACUGCUGCAGGUAUAGCCACUCAGCACUUUGCAGUGCAGGAUUCCCGUGCAGAGGAGAGCAGACCGGAGCACGGACACUUUCACCGGGCAGCAGCAGACCAGAGCACCGACACUUUCACCGGGCAGCAGCAGCCAGCAGACACCCGCCAAAUCCAGUCCAUCUGUCUGGUGGAACGGAAAUUGAACUCUUGUUUCACUUGAGAAAUGUGAAAGGAAGUCUCAAUGACCUUGUAAGAUGUUUUCACACCACAGAGAAAGGGAGCAGCCGUUCUUCAGCGCCCGGGCCCAUGUGUUCCAGAUCGACCCGAGCACCAAGAGGAACUGGAUCCCUGCCAGCAAGCAUGCCGUCACCGUGUCCUUCUUCUACGACGCCAACCGCAACGUGUACCGCAUCAUCAGUGUGGGCGGGACCAAGGCCAUCAUCAACUGCAGCAUCACACCCAGCAUGACGUUCACCAAGACGUCCCAGAAGUUUGGGCAGUGGGCGGACAGCCGGGCCAACACGGUGUACGGCCUGGGCUUCGCCACCGAGCAGCAGCUGCACCAGUUCUCUGAGAAGUUUAAGGAGGUGAAGGACGCGGCACGCCUGGCCCGCGAUAAGUCUCAGGACAAGGAGCUGGCCAACACCGCGCUCAGCAUCGCCGCCCCGCAGUACUCACAGGACCUCUCUGAUGAGCUGCAGUCGCCACCGGUGAUGUGCAUCAACGGGCCCGAGGACAAGCUGUUCCGCAGCCAGAGUGCCGACAUCACCUUGUCCUCCGAGAAGGAGCGCAUCAAGAAGAUGCUCUCCGAAGGGUCAAUCUGUGAGAUGAAUCUGGAGGCUGAGCUUUUCACACUGCAGGACAGCAACAACAAGCUGGUGGCGGCUCUGCACGAGGCUAACGCUAACGUUGAGCAGUGGAAGAAACAGCUCGCGGCCUAUCAGGAGGAAACAGAGAGGCUACGCGACCAGGUGUCAGAGUUGGAGACGCAUGGGGGCCACGGCCCCAGCGACCUACUGAAAGACGAGCUCACCCAGUCCCUGGAGGAGCUGGAGGCCCUGCUGAAGGCCAAGGAUGAGGAAAUUCACAUCUUGCAGAACAAGAAACUGGAGUACCAUGAGAUGGAACGUGACCGGGAUGAAGCCAUGCACAGACUGCAGGAAAUGGAAAUGCGCAACUCAGAUCUGGAGAGGCGCGUCCAGAACUCUGAGCAGAAUCUUAACAACUCUCUUGAGGAGCGGGACCGCACGGACAACGAGAUCCAGAGAUCCAUCGAGAUCCUGGACAUAAAGAUCUUUGACCUCAACGACCUGCGACAGAGCCUGGUGAAGCUCAUCGAUAAAUGAGCUUGGUAGAGCAGGCCACAAAUGCACUGCUGUGGAGGUGGGACGGGAGACAAGCGAAAGGAAGGGGAAAUUAGCAAUAGGCUCAUGUUAGUGUCAUGUUAAGCAAUACAGGAAAAGACAAAAGAGAAAUGACCCAGAUGGAGCUCGUCCUGCACCGUCUCAAGCCCAGGACCCCCCGUCUGAUCUGGACAGCUGGUCUCGGCCUCUGUUGUGCCACAGUGUCUCUACCGUCACCUCUAAGCUUGUUAAGCCACCAACAUGUUGGGGUGGAAAACUGCUGUUUGUCUCAAUGUUUUGCUUAUCGCUGGCAUCCCUUUUUUCAAGAGUAACGUUCAAUACAAUAACUAACUUUUAAGUGCUACACAGUGUUAGACACUUAUUGUCAAGAACUGGUGCUUGUAGUGUUUCAUACUUUUUAGGGGACAUGUUUUUUUUAUAGUUAAGAAUGGGUUGUCCAGGUGAAAGCUUUAGCAUCCGUGGUGUGUGUUUGAGUAGAAAGGAAGGAACAGUUGGUUAAAGAAUUUAAUCUGACUCAGCAUGCAUAGCCCAUAAGGUGUAUAAUAGCCCAUGCUUGAAUACUGCAAUAAGGUCGGCAUUCAGUGUUCAGUAUUAUCAGUAAAAAACAAUAUAUAUAUACAUUUAUUUGGAUGUAUAACAAUAUCUUCAGUUACACAAACACAUACACACACACACAGUAGUGUGUGUGUGUAUCCAAUGUCAAGGAUGUCUUCAUGGGUUGGCAUGCUACUAGGAUAAUGUAUAACAAGUAAAAGCAGUAUUUGCAAGUGAUUCAUCUGCACAAAAGUUCUAGAAACCAAAGAUCAGGUCCUUUGAAGAGCACAUCGUUGAGUCAUGAGGAGUUUUAGCUGAAGCUUGAAGCCUGAUUUCACAUUCUUGUUUAGGUUCAUGGGAACUGAUAAUAUUCUAAGAUUAGUACAUAACUCUUGAAAAGUAAACCUGCUUGUGAAUAGUUUAGAGACAUGGAAAUAUAUUUCAAACAUUUUAAGUUAAUGCGAAUAUAGCUGUUAUAUGCUGACGGUUUGAAACAUUUGAAAACACUUUUACUCAAUAAUGAAAUUGCUACCGAAUAUUCUGCUAGUCGAAAUCAUCGAUAUAAAGACAGCUUUCAUAUUGUGUGAUGCAAAGAUUGUGUUGUUUAACAUAGUCUCUGGGCUAUGUUUAUAUGUUUAACAAGCCUUUAUUCUGAAACUGUUUUACAGUUAUAGUGUCAGCUUCUGGUAUUUUGCACUGGACUGGGAAAUAAAAGCUAAAACCACAACUCAA